GGAAAGGGAAAUUCAAUUCAAUUCAAUCCAGAGACCUUCCAUAACAAAACUCUCUAAAUUAAAUUCACUCUGGCACUCAACCCACCGCACCUCCGCUCCCCAAUUAUAUAUCCCUACCAGCACGACCACCAUGGUCUCUCCUCCUCUUUCUAUAAACCCAACAUCUUCUUCCUCUUCCUGCCCCUGUUCCUGCUCCAGCUUCCCCACAUUCUCUCCGGUCUCCGGGGUCUCCUCAGUUUCCUUUUCGAGAAGACCCGUCAGCUCGUUCAAGCCGAGGGGGUGGAGGAGCGAGGGUAGACGAAGGGGAUUUGUCGUGAAAGCCAAAGACAUGACGAUUUCUGAGCUACGGAGGGAAGGGGAGGACGAGGACGAGGAGGGUCCUCCUCUGAUGGUCGAGUCCGAGAACGUCUCUCGGCCCCGCCGGAUCGCCCUCUUCGUCGAGCCCUCCCCUUUCGCAUAUGUGUCUGGUUAUAAGAAUCGGUUCCAGAACUUUAUUAAAUACUUGCGUGAAAUGGGGGAUGAGGUGAUGGUUGUGACAACACAUGAAGGUGUACCAGAUGAAUUCUAUGGAGCUAAGUGUAUCGGAUCACGAAGCUUCCCUUGUCCCUGGUAUCAGAAGGUUCCCCUUUCCCUAGCACUUAGUCCUAGAAUAAUUUCAGAGGUGGCACGAUUUAAGCCUGACAUAAUCCAUGCAUCCUCUCCUGGAAUAAUGGUUUUUGGCGCUCUUGCUAUUGCAAAAAUGCUCUGUGUCCCAAUAGUAAUGUCUUAUCAUACUCACGUGCCAGUAUACAUUCCGAGGUACACGUUCAGUUGGCUGGUCAAACCUAUGUGGUUGAUAAUAAAGUUCCUUCAUAGAGCAGCCGAUCUGACGCUGGUGCCCUCAGCUGCCAUAGCGAGGGAUCUAGAAGCUGCCCGAGUUACAGCAGCUAACAAGAUUAGGCUUUGGAAUAAGGGUGUUGAUUCUGAAAGUUUCCACCCUUAUUUUCGGUCUCAUGAAAUGCGACUAAAACUCAGGUGGGAUAUUUCUUCAUGGUCUUUCUUCUUAUUUCAUUUUUCUCAAAUUAUUUCACUGCAACAGAAAUAUGAACUCCUCUUGCUGACUUGUUACUUUGUUAUCAGCAAUGGUGAACCCGAGAGACCUCUGAUAGUCCAUGUUGGUCGACUUGGUGUUGAGAAGAGCUUGGAUUUCCUGAAAAGGGUCAUGGACAGAAUACCUGAAGCACGGAUAGCCUUUAUUGGAGAUGGACCAUAUAGGGAGGAACUUGAGAGGAUGUUCUCUGGGAUGCCUGCUGUGUUCACAGGGAUGCUACAGGGCGAGGAGCUCUCUCAGGCAUACGCGAGUGGAGACGUCUUCAUGAUGCCUUCUGAAUCGGAAACCCUGGGACUCGUGGUCCUUGAGGCCAUGUCCUCAGGCCUACCCGUGGUGGCUGCCCGUGCUGGUGGAAUUCCUGACAUCAUCCCAUCUGAUCAGGAGGGCAAAACAGGGUAUUUGUUCAGCCCAGGUGACCUCGAGGACUGCCUAAGCAAGUUAGAGCCGCUGCUCCGGGAUCGAGAGCUGAGGGAUACAAUGGGAAAGGCUGCUCGGAAGGAGAUGGAGAAGUACGACUGGAGGGCAGCUACUCGAAAGAUCCGGAAUGAGCAAUACAACGCGGCCAUUUGGUUCUGGCGGAAGAAGCGGGUCCAGCUGCUCCGGCCCAUCCAGUGGCUCUCCAAAAGGCUCUUCCCUUCUCCAGAAGUGAACUACAGGUAAGUUGGCAUCGGGCCUGUUUACCUUUCGGAGGGGCUAUUUUAGAUGUAAGCUGUUGUUGUGGUGAUGUGAACCUGUGGGGUUAUUGCUCUUGUGAUGAUGUGUUUGUUCAUUGUUGUACAUUUGAGGAUCAUGAAAGUUGUGGUCGCUCGCAGCAUAUAAGAUCCGAUUGCAAACAAUUGUACUUAGUGCAUUAAUGGAAGAUUGAUUUUACAUCC